ACAACCGACUGCAGUCUACAGCUCUGGGAGGGAGAGGUAGUCGCUGCCAUUCACUACUCACCCUCUAUUUUAUUAUUAGCUCACUUGGAUCUGGCAGCGGGGACUCUUGCAUUGCGCAACCGAGUAGCUGCACAUAUUGGGAUCUCAGGUAAAGGUGCGGGGGAUACAGCACAAAAAAAAAAAAAAAAAAAGAAGCGGCUGGUUUUUUGGGGGUCGAUGGAAGCUGCUAACGUAGGACAGGUAGGACUCAUUUGAUGGGGCCUUUAAUUUAAAAAAAAAAAAACCACACCGUCCUAACGCCGCGCACCAAAGCGCCGCUCUCGUUUUUCGCGUCCCCGAUGUUCAAGACGGCCAAUUACCCGACUGUGGAUCCUGCGCCCACCAUCAUGCACGGCACUUGGUUUACCACGGGGUGCCGAGAAAACACGCCCGUGGCGGUGGAGAAACCCAAGAAAAAGGCGUUCAGCCUGGUCAAAAUCAUGUCCCUCAGCAACAAGAAAGGGCACGGCCAGCAUCCGCACCACCACAACAACAACAUGCCCUUUACGAUCCACUGUCACAUCGGGAAAGAGAUCAAGCACAUUUGCAGCAAUUGCAGUCGCGGGAACGACACACAGGACGCUGAGGAAGUAGAGAGGCUGGCCGCCAUGCGUUCUGAGUCCUUGAUCUCAGGCACCCACACUCCACCCAUCCGUCGUCGGAGCAAGUUUGCCACUCUGGGACGCCUCCUCAAGCCCUGGAAAUGGAGGAAGAAGAAGAGUGAGAAGUUCAAGCAGACCUCUGCUGCUUUGGAGAGGAAGAUGUCAAUGCGACAGAGCAGAGAUGAGCUGAUCAAGAGAGGAGUGCUGAAAGAGAUCUUUGAAAAAGCGACCGUUGAGUUCCGAUCCUCGAUGGACGGCGGAGUCUGUACUCAGGAGCCCUCUAUCAAGUCAUCUAUGAUCAUGUCCACCAAGAAAUCUGUCACCUACCCGGGUGACCUUCAGGAUACCCCCGCCAAGCCGCCGAUGUACCACAAACAGCCUCCUGCUCUCCCUCCAAAGCCUUUCUCUAGGAUCCCAAACCAUAGCACAGAUUCUUGCCAGCCAAUGAAGUUGCCCUGUAUGCCCGGGGGAAAGCACUCUCCACCUCUGCCUCCCAAGAAAGUGAUGAUUUGUGUGCCUCCAGGGGGGCUGGACUCUACAUCCCCUUCUCCAUCCCCCAAUCCCCUCAGCGCUCUCUCCCAAAAGUGUGCCCCUCUCCAGGGCAUGACCCUCCAUCACGGCACCCUGCUGCCCUCUCAACUUGCAGGCCUAUCCAGUCUCCACCAGAGCCACGGUCACCCGCUCCAACUUCAGUAUGGCAGCUUGCACACGCCCAGCCGCAUCAUCGAGGAGCUCAAUAAAACCCUGGCACUCUCCAUGCAGAGGUUUGAAAGAUUCUGUCCCUUUGACUCCACCAGCUCUGCAUUGCACGGUGUUGGUCAGUGUGUUCCCCUGGACAGAAGAGAAGUGCCGUCUGUGAUCAUUGACUAUGAGGAUGACAAGGAGAACAUGCCCGACGAGUCUGACUAUGAAGAUCUGCCCAGCAUGUAUAAGGACGAGGACGAUGACGUGGAUGACGACGAGGACGACGAUGAAGAUGACGACUCCAUAUUUACAAGUUCCCUGGCUCAGAAAGUGCUGAGGAAAGACUCUCUGGCCAUCAAGCUGAGUAACCGUCCAUCCAAAAGAGAACUGGAGGAGAAAAACAUCCUGCCCAUGCAGACAGAUGAGGAGAGACUGGAGUCUAGGCAGCAGAUAGGCACCAAACUCACAAGGCGCUUGAGUCAGAGACCCACAGCAGAGGAACUGGAACAGAGGAACAUCCUCAAACCUCGCAAUGAGCAAGAGGAAAUGGAGGAGAAGAGGGAGAUAAAACGAAGGCUAACACGAAAGCUGAGCCAGAGGCCCACUGUAGAGGAGCUGAGACAGGCCAAAAUUCUCAUCCGAUUCAGUGACUACGUGGAGGUGUCAGAUGCCCAGGACUAUGACAGGCGGGCAGAUAAACCCUGGACCCGGCUCACAGCAGCUGAUAAGGCCACUAUACGGAAGGAACUCAACGAUUUCAAGAGCAAUGAGAUGGAAGUGCACGAGUCAAGUCGCCAUUUAACCAGGUUUCACAGACCAUAGUAGACCACCACUCACUGUCUCGAGCAGUGCCGAACCGGCGCUCUCCUCCACUGAGAACCUUAAGUGCUGGACAGUAAAAUGGUGCCCGUUUCUACAAUAAGGCCAUGUCUUCUGAAAUGCCUUUUCAAGACCCACACAACUGAGUCGGUACUACGCUCCAAGAUGCAGGCACACCACUACUCCAUCCACUGUAGUAGCACAUAAUGACUCCAGUUGAUUCACAUCGCCCCUCUAUGGAAUUUGCUCGACUGUCUCUUCAACCUCUCUGCUGAGCUCUCAGGCAGGCGCUCAGUUCUGCGGUGAUUGGACAGCGGGAGAGUUUUUUUGUUUGCAAUUGGUUGACACUUUCAACAUCUAACUGAGGGCAACUGUACCUUGGAUCAUCAAAAACACCCAGUGGACUUGUCUCAGUGGACAUGUUUCCAUCCCUCUUCUUUAUUAUGCUGUCACUCCGAACUCCUCUAGCCCUUACGGACGCUGGGUUGACUGUUCUGAGCUCACUGUAUCAGCAGGAUAUCCAUCUUAACGCCGCCUGCCAGGACUUUGGAAAAUGGCUUAGAAAGACACACAGGAGAGGAGGGAGGGGAUCCAACAUUAGAAUCAUGUGCAAUAUUUUUUUUUCUUCUGCUUUUCCUAGGCUAUAGCACCCCCUAGAGUCCCCUUUGUGUCAUUACUAUGUAGUCUUGACUUUUUUCUUCUUCCCUCAUACGUGCAAUUCACACUGUACCGACAAUGUUGACAUCUAAUUGCUAACUGUGAAUUUGAGAGUUUGGGCAAAUGCCUGCACUCUCUCCAAAUGUAAAUUUUGUUUAUACUGAAGGAAAGUUACAUUUAAAGAAGAAUCAUGCUUGACCACGUUUCAUUCUUGUCACAAUCUUAGAAAUUUAAUGUAAAAACAGCAGCUGGCAGAUAUACUCUGGUUCCAGUGCGUUGCAACAGUUAUCUGUUUUAUAUAUAUUUUUUGUUUUUGAUAGAGGCACUUGGAUCAUAAAUUAUUUUACGUGUUUUUACAUGUCCCAGCUCAAGAGCUGACUCACCAGGUUGUUAUCUCUUGACAUUUUUAUUUUAUUUUGCAGCACUGUGUUUACUGCUCUUUGCUUAUAAUGUGCAUUGUAUUAUACACUUUACUUUUAUACUCAUAAGCUUUUGACCAAGCAAUAUCUGUUGUUUGUUGAAAAAAAGGUUAAACUACAGGUGUACUCCACACCAUUUCUUUUUUUUUUUACAGCGCUUAUACACUACAUCUCACUUCAGGGUUUGAAUUUUUCUUUUAUAUUUUACUUGUGAAAGGCUUUAUUCAGGAGGACCUUUUCUGCAUUUUUCUCUGCUGAGCCACCAAAAACAUCUCUAACAGCUUACUAAUGCAUUCGGACAAGAUUUGAUUUGAGUCUCAAGGCUAAUAAUUGAACACGAUGAUGCAUUCUCAGUUUUGAAACAUGAGACUAGUGAAUUCACUGAAUCAGGAUUUUUACAUUUUUAUUGCUAAAAUUCUUUGCACUGUUAAGAGUUUGGUCACUGUUUUAAGGUCAGGGCCCAAGUGUGUAAAAAUAUUGUUGGAUUUCUGAUCUGUGACCAUUUUGUUUCUUCACUUUAACGGUCUUGUUACCUUAUCACAGAUCCUACACCAGUAUUCCAAUGCUCACAAGCUUUAUGUACACAGAAUAUUUUUAUUAUUUUUUACUGUAUUACUUUUAAAGUUGCAAUAUGAAAUUCUUGUUGGUCAGAUGAAGAAAAGUAGUAGAGGUGAAAGGCUGUUGGCCGCCUACUAUAAUGCAUCUGUCUGCAAAGGAAAAUGUGUUCUCCCUUAUUUUCAAGGUCUCGAUCAGUGAUGGAUAGAUGACCCAAUAAAACCUGGGAACUGAGGACACAGAAAAUUGUUUUGCACUUUAUGGUUUUUAUGUGAAAUAAUAGGGGUUUUAUUAGAGUUUGGAGCAGUUUUUCCUCGGAAUCAAUACACAGGUCAUGUCACAUUGCUCCUUUUUUAAAAAUCUAAAUUUAAUUGGGUCAUCUAAUCUCAGAGAUUUUGAAAUAUGAGGGGUUUUUUUGUCUUAGAACCAGCUUCUGUAUGAUUCCAGCAUCAUGCCAUUAUUUGAAAUUUCCCAUCCAUAGGUUCAGUACAAUAGAGCAUAAUAGGAAUGAAUUUAUACAAAUAAGCUCCAGUUCUCAUUUCAGCUCUAAGAAACAAACCUGAGCCACUGGGCUGAGCAUGAGGUUUUUCCAUUUUGCUGGAAUCAAGGAACAUGAAUUCAGCAAUAAUCUGUUUCCUUUUACAUGUUGGCGGAGCAACUGAACGAAUUUGAAAGUGUUCCUUUUUUCCAUUUUUGAAAUACAGAAUACCAUGUAAAGGAUACACCAUGCCAAUUAAAUUCCAUUUCUGAAUGCA